GCAAAGCUUUACAUGCUCCGCUUCACACCAAAGCGCGUCUUCCUUCAACCUAACAACGCCGCAAGGUAAGAUAAGGCGCCACAUAGGAACCCUUUUUCAGCUUUCGGAUGCAGGCCGUGCUAUCCCGGCCGCGAACAGAACAGGCCAAGGAGCUCUUCUUUUGCCGAUUGUCCGCUUGCCAGCCACUGCAUCAGGUUUGUUGAGGACAUGAGCGUUCACUAUGUCUCGGUCACCAACUGCAACGGCGUAGCUCUGGCCAUCACUAAGAAGCGAACCGUAAUUGAGCUUCUCAAGUCGGGCGCGGCCAUCGCCAUUCAAAAGUGGAGUCUCCUGAAAAACAACAAGCGAGUGCCGGUCAGCGGCUGCAUUCUGCUACAGAGGUUCCCACCGCACACCGAGUUGCUUGACCUGCAGCCCCUUACCGUUGCUGGCCUGGAGGCCAAAGAUUUGGAGUUCUGUCAAAGAAUGACAAGCCAUGCAUGGGUGUGCAGGGGUGGUUGAAGGAGCGUUGUUUUCUAUAUAAGAGAAGGAAUAUGAAUGGUUCUCAUCGAUAACAGGGGUCAUCC